UCAUUCGCGCAGUAGGCCUUCUUCCCCUGACACAAGCCAUCAUUAGCCCUCUGUCUCUCUGUCUGUCUGUUUCUCAGUCUCUUUCUCUUCCCUCUACCUCUGCAUCCUCCCUCCUCCCUCUUCCUUCCCAUCCCCAUCCUCUAUCAGUCCCGUCCCUGCCGAAAGGGCAGCAAAAGGGGGCCUGUGACCCGACAUUGCUCCAACCCCGACCCCCUUCACUCUCUCCUCCCCCGCCUCCUCCUCACCUGAGAAAAACCAUCAACACCACACCCAUAGAAGAAGAAGGAGAAGAAGAAGAAGAUGGGGUUGGAGAGAGAAGAUGAUGAUGAUGAGCUGGUAGGCCUGAGCUUGAGCUUGGGCCUCCCCCAUAACAGUGACAAGAAGAAGAAAAAGAAGACGACCAACGCCUCUCCUUCUGCCGCUUCCGCUUCUCAUUCGGCUUCCCCAUCUCCGCCUCCGCCUUCUCUUGACCUGAAUCUGUCGCCCGCCGGUCGUGCCAUUGCCAGACACAACGCUUCAGAGCCCAUGCAGCUGCAGGCCCAUCAGCACAGAAUCUCUUGGAACCUCCUCUUCCAACCUGCUUCUGAGAUGAGCUUGGAAGGAGGAAUCGAUGUCAACCGAGCGCCUCUGCUGUACCCAGAAGACGAUAACGCCGCGUCGUCCCCGAACAGCACUGUGUCGAGCAUCAGCGCGGGGAAGAGGGCGGAGAGGGAGCUGAUGGGGGACCACGAGCAUGAGGGCGAGAGGACAUCGUGCUCGCAGGGGAGCGACGAGGGCGACGGCGGUGGCACAGGUGGGGCCGACGGGGAUGGGAGGAAGAAGCUACGGCUGUCGAGGGAGCAGUCGAUGGUGCUGGAGGAGACGUUCAAGGAGCACAGCACGCUGAACCCGAAGCAGAAGCUGGCUUUGGCGGAGCAGCUCAAUCUCAGGCCCAGACAAGUGGAGGUCUGGUUCCAGAACAGAAGGGCCAGGACAAAGCUGAAGCAAACGGAAGUGGACUGCGAGUACUUGAAGAGGUGCUGUGAGAACCUGACCCGGGAGAACCGGAGGCUACAGAAGGAGGUCCAGGAGCUGCGGGCGCUCAAGCUCUCCCCGCAGCUCUACAAGAACAUGAGCCCUCCCACCACCCUCACCAUGUGCCCUUCGUGCGAGCGUGUGGCCGCCCUGUCUUGUUCCUCUUCGCCGGCGACUUCUGCCCCGAUCGGUCCGUUUUCGCGCCAGAAGUCCGGCCAGCAGUCGGUGCCCAUCAAUCCCUGGGCUGCCCUCCAGAUGCACCAAGAGCCUGCUAAUCCACCCCCUUGAAACCGAAUCUUUGAGCAAAAUCAUAGAGCCGAAUGCAGAUGUUGAUUUUGCCUGUGACUGAGCGUCCUUUUGGUCAUGGUUGAGGAAGACUUUGUAUGGGCGAAACAAGCAAGCUAGUAAAGGAAAGAAAAUUUAUUUUAUUUUUUCUAUAGCAUAUUGAUGUGUAGUUAUCUUU